CAAAAAUGUAACCAUACAAAAAAGAUUUAAAGCCAAAACAUAUACAAAUUGGCAACAAUAAAAAACGGAUAUGAGAAAGUUCCACCAAAUCCCAACGGCAAGACUCAUCUUUCCCAGAAGAUGAUAUCUUCAUCUUGUUUUUCCUUGGUCAAAAUUAAUCCUACAACACAACCAACCAUCGUCAAUGCAUCAAACUCAACAUCCCCCCACUCUCCUCCUCUUUCUAAUCUUCAACGACCCACAUCAUCAAAUCACAACAAUCGCUUGCCGAUUCAGCCAACCAGAAGAAACCUGUUGAACAUCUCAAUUCUAACCAUAAUCGCAUCACCAAUUUCUCCUUUUUUAUCUUCCACAUCCACCUGGGCUCAAACGCAAGAAUACUUAGAGCUCGAAAGCUAUACAGAUACGAACGAGGGGUUCACACUCCUCAGACCCACACCUUGGACAAAGGUUGAAAAAGCAGGUGCGACUGCAUUGUUUGAAGAUCCAAGUAAAGGAGGAAACAAUAUUGGGGUUGUUGUAACACCAGUUCGUCUCACCAGUCUUCGUGAGUUUGGAGAUCCUCAAUUCGUUGCUAAUAAGCUUAUUCAAGCUGAGAAACGCAAGGAAAGCACAAAAGAUGUAGAAAUAAUAUCAUCAUCAGAGAGAGGGGGACAAAAGGGUGAUGAUGUACAAGUGUAUGAAUUUGAAUACAAGCUAGAUAGCACAAGGGGAGGGGUAAAAAGGGUAUUUUCAGCAGCAUUUGUGGCCUCCAAGAAGCUCUACCUUUUAAACAUUGCUUACUCAGACAACCCUGAAAAACCCCUUGAUGAUCACACACGAAUGAUUUUGGAACAAGUUCUUCAUUCCUUUCAUGUCAUUUCACCACCUUUGGUCAACAGUCAAGUUUGACUAUGACUGAGUCCAAGUUUUUGUUGUGUCAAGUGUUUUAGAAUAAUAUAUAUAUGAUGUGGGCAUUGAUUUGUUUGAAUAUUUUGAUUUGAAUAUAGAGGAAUUGAAGUCUCAAAUGUUUGGUUGUUAGAAAACAAAAUGGAAUUCCAUUUCUUUGUUUGAAAAGUUGGAAACUGU